UUGAAUCGUGGGACCCGUUGGCAGAGGUGGCGGCAGCGGCAUGGGUUACCCGACUUUGCCCCCUGCCUGGCAGCCCUUUCUCAAGGACCACCGCAUCUCUACAUUCAAGAACUGGCCCUUCUUGGAGGGCUGCGCCUGCACCCUGGAGCGGAUGGCCGAGGCUGGCUUCAUCCACUGUCCCACUGAGAACGAGCCAGACUUGGCCCAGUGUUUCUUCUGCUUCAAGGAGCUGGAAGGCUGGGAGCCAGAUGACGACCCCAUAGAGGAACAUAAAAAGCAUUCAUCCGAUUGCGCUUUCCUUUCUGUCAAGAAGCAGUUUGAAGAAUUAACCCUCGGUGAAUUUUUGAAACUGGACAGAGAAAGAGCCAAGAACAAAAUUGCAAAGGAAACCAACCAUAAGAAGAAAGAAUUUGAGGAAACUGCGAAGAAAGUGCGCUGUGCCAUCGAGCAGCUGGCGGCCAUGGACUGAGGCCUCUGGCUGGAGCUGCCUGGUCCCAGAGUGGUUGCACCACUUCCAGGGUUUAUUCCCUGGUGCCACCAGCCUUCCUGUGGGACCCUUAGCAAUGCCUUGGGAAAGGAGAAGAUCAAUAUUUUCCAAUUAGAUAUUUCAGCUGUAUCUUGUUUUGUCUCGAAAGUGGCACCAGAGGUGCCUCUACCUGUGUAGCGGGUACCGCUGAUAACAGUGACUGCCUCUCUCUCUCUUUUUUUUUUUUGGCUGAUUUUUGUCUUCCUGAUUCCCGGACUUACCAGGUGAGAAGUGGUGGAGGAAGAAGGUGGUGUCCCUUUUGCUAGAGCUGACGGCUUUGUUGGCGUGGGCAGAGCCUUCCACAGUGAAUGUGUCUGGACCUCAUAUUGUUGAGGCUGUCACACAGUCCUGAGUGUGGACUUGGCAGGUGCCUGUUGAAGCUGAGCUGCAGGUUCCUCAUCUGUCACACCUGUGCUGCCUCAGAGGCCACUUUUUUUUUUUUUUUUUUUUGGUAGAUGCAUGACUUGUGUGUGAUGAGGAGGGGAAUGCAGACAGUCUCUGGCUCCUCUACUGUUUCACAACGUGUCUUUCUUAUUUUGUUUGAAUUGUUAAUUCACAGAAUAGCACAAACUACAAUUAAAACUAAGCACAAAGCCAUUCUAAGUCAUUGGGGAAACGGGGUGAACUUCAGGUGGACGUGGAGAUAGAAUAGAGUGAUAGGAAGCAUCUGGCAGAUACUCCUUUUGCCACUGCUGUGUGAUUAGACAGGCCCAGUGAGCUGCAGGGCACAUGCUGGCUGCUCCUCCCUGAGAAAAAGGCAGUGGCCUGAAUCCUUUUUAAAUGACUUGGCUGGAUGCUGUGUGGGACUGGCUGGGCUGCUGCAGGCCGUGUGUCUGUCAGCCCAACCUUCACAUCUGUCACGUUCCCCACACGGGGGAGGGAUGCAGUCUGCCCAGGUCCCGGCUUUCUUCGGCGGCAGCAGCUCCCGCAGGGCUGAAGUCUGGUGUAAGAUGAUGGAUUGGAUUCGCCCUCCUCCCUGUCACAGAGCUGCAGGGUGGAUUGUUACAGCUUUGUUGGAAACCUCUGGAGGUCAUCUCGGCCAUUCCUGAGAAAUAAAAAGCCUGUCAUUUCAAAC